AUGAGUAUUCACUUCAUCUGCUUGUUCUUAUCACUCUCAUAUUUCCAUGUUUCUCUAGCAACCAACGGAAUCCAUCAAACAGAACAUUACUCGAAACAGAUCAACCCAUUCAGCCCCAAAGCCUCUCUCAUUCGGUACUGGAACACCCACGUUUCCAAUAAGCACCCAAUCCCUCAUUUCCUUCUCUCAAAAGCUUCCCCUCUCACACCACAACACUAUGCAAUCCUCAACAACCUCAUCACACACAAACCCUUCUCUCCACAGUUUCACAAUUCCCUCUGUUCCACACCCAACUUUUAUUGCUCCUUCGACGACACUCUUCACAACCCAACCACAACCACAACCACAACCAUGACAAAAGGUGACGCUAACUUCGCUCUCUAUUCCAACAAACGCUUCGCAAACUAUGGCUCCUCCCGAGUCGGCGGAGUUGACUCGUUCAAGAACUAUUCAGAUGGUUUGAACACAAACAACGAUUCCUUCAAAAAAUACAGCACCACCUCAACCCGCCACGGUGGCGAGUUCAAGAACUAUGCAGAAAACGGCAAUGUCGCUAACACCAACUUCACGAGCUACGGUUCAGGCGCAAACUCCGGCUCCGGCGACUUCGACAACUACGACAAGCUGGUCAACGUCCCCAACCUCGGCUUCACCACCUAUGACUCCGCCGCCAACAACCACAAGCUCUCUUUCUCCAGCUACGGCAACGAAACCAACUCUGGAACCCAAUCUUUUGCAAGCUACGGCAAGCGCGUUCGUGGAGGAACCAGCGACUUCAACAACUACGCCGAUAGCUCCAACAUUUUGCAAUCUCAGUUCACGAGUUACGGCGAGUUGGGUGCUGGAACCAACAACGAUUCCUUUAAGUCUUACAGCUUCAACGGUAACAACCCUCGAGCCAGUUUCAAAACCUACGGCGCCGGCUCUGUUGCCGGCACCGACUCGUUCGUCAGUUACCGGAACCGCGCUAAUGUUGGUGACGACUCGUUCCAAAGCUACGCCGCGAAAUCUAACUCCGGCGCCGCCACGUUCGCCAACUACGGCCAAUCCUUCAACGUGGGGAACGACACUUUCACUGAAUAUGGAAAAGGGUCGUCGGGUCGGACCUCGUUCGGGUUCAAGUCAUACGGGUUGGGCCGUGCUUUCAAAGAGUAUACCAAGCAGGGUGCAUCGUUUUCGGAAUACCACAAUUUCAGCGGAUUCAGUGGCAAAGCUGUGAAUAAAUGGGUUGAACCGGGUAAAUAUUUCAGAGAGUCGAUGCUGAAGGAAGGGAAUGUGGUAACGAUGCCAGAUAUUAGGGACAAAAUGCCAGCGAGGUCGUUUUUGCCCCUGGCGAUUUCGUCGAAAUUACCAUUCUCCUCGUCGAGGAUGCGUGAGAUGAAGGAAGUGUUUCACGCGCGGGAGGGCUCGGCGAUUGAGCGCGUGAUAGUAAACGCGUUGGGAGAGUGCGAGAGGGAACCUAGCCGGGGCGAGACGAAACGGUGCGUUGGAUCAGCGGAGGGGAUGAUAGAGUUUGCUGUAUCGGUUUUGGGUGCGAAUGUUAUGGUUAGGGCCACAGAGAAUGUGAAUGGGUGGGGCACAAGCGUGAUGAUUGGAAGGGUUUAUGCAAUGGACGGUGGAAAAGUGACCAAAUCGGUUUCAUGUCAUCAGAGUUUGUACCCGUACCUACUGUAUUAUUGUCACUCUGUCCCCGAAGUGAGAGUCUAUGAAGCUGAUAUUCUUGACGUGGAAACGAAGGUAAAGAUUAAUCAUGGGGUUGCCAUCUGUCACCUGGACACGUCGUCGUGGGGUAAAGAGCAUGGGGCCUUCUUGGCACUUGGGUCUGGCCCUGGAAAAAUUGAGGUGUGUCACUGGAUUUUCCAGAACGAUAUGACCUGGACCACUGCCAAUUGA